AUCUUAUCUAGAGUUCAGCCUUGUUUAGAGUAACGAGGCAGCGGCUCUCUGUCGUCUUUACCUCAAUCAUUCUUAGAAUCUGGUAAAAGAUUUCUAUAAACUCGCUCUGACCGGACCAAGAAAAGAUACCAUAGAAAUAUUUCAGCUCAGCAACAGACGGAGGAAAACGUGCUUUCACUGCUGCCCUGAAACAUCUGGAGAACAUCUGGAUCAACAUGAGGGUCCCUGCAGAGCAGACCAUCCAGCCGCUGGGCUGAACACACUGCCCCCUGCAGGAGGGAGGCCCAGAAAGCUCUCUACAUACUGCAUUUCUAUGUGUUUCUGUGCCUCAUUCUGUUGUCAUGGCAGGUUCAGCUCCUUCCCUGAAGUCCUCUAUGACAUCAUGACCUUGGAGACGGUCUUGCUGGGGAACAACCAGGUGUGUGGUCUGGAUCCCGGCCGUCUGAUCAAGCUGCUCAGUCUGUCCACUCUAGAUCUAUCUAACAACGACCUGCUGAGCGUCCCUCCUGAGCUGGGCCUGUGCACCAGCCUCCGCUGCCUGAGUCUGGAGGGGAAUCCGUUCCGCACGCCCAGAGCGGCCAUCUUGGCCAAAGGAACCGACGCGGUGUUGGAGUACCUGCGCAGCCGCAUCCCGGCGUGAUCCGAACGUUUUACAGAAUCUCUCAGUUCCUGAGUCUGAUGCUAAAAUCAUCAGUUGUUUGUAGAAACGAUGUUUUUGAAGAACAUAAAGAAAAU